GAGAACGGCUACAUAUAGCUAUUGUCAACUACACGAGCGAUCCAUUCUAUCAACUCAUCUAUUCCCUACACCCACGCCGAUUUCUUUGCGCAUUUCCUGCAUUUCCACUCGUGUCUAUUGCAUAACUGAUGGAUAUCGACAUGGACUCUCCCAUCGGUCCCGUGAUCGUGACGGACUACGAUGAAUCGCACAGCCACGGAAUUUCAGUAUACGGCGCCGAGUUCGACCUAUGUGAGCUUCUACAAACGCUGACCCUGUCGAAAGGCAAGACCAAGGCUCCCGAAAACGAUCCAACAGUCCCUGCUGUCCCCUAUGCCUUGCAAAGGGCAAGCGAGGACGCUGCAAACAUAGAGGAUCCAGCUUACCACUCCGACGCGGAAUCAUCAAGCUCAAAGUCCAGCUCCUGCGACCACAGCACCACCACCACCAACCACCUGCCCACCUCCUCUAUCACAGUCCCGCACUCCUCACUUCCCGCGUGCCACUUCCUCCAAUCCAUCCUCGCUUCGCUCGCCCCCGAAUCCCACGUGCUCUCUCCAUUCCCUUACCCCUACCCCGCGUCAUCACAUUUCCGGACGACGGGAGGCGAAUAUCUGGACAUGAUUCUCACUCAUCGGGCCCUGCUCAGUGCAUUCCCCCCUGCACACCGAGGCUGUGCGAUUGCCUUGCAGGAAAUAGCACGAGCCGUAGAAGUGAGAGCGUGGAGGGCGGAUCGUGAAUCAGAUGCAGAGGCAGUGGCAGCCUUAAGGCAGGAAGCAUUCCUGACUUCCACGUGGCUGUAAAGAGUUAAUAUCAAUAUCAUUACGUGCUGCGGGUCAGUGCGUCUGCACACUUCGAGUGCUAUAUAUAGCACACGUUCAGAAUAGUCCAUGCGUUGGAUCAAAGAUAAUUAUAUGCACAUUGGACAAGCUUUCCGGACUGGGAAAUGGUGCCCCUCUCUAAGUCUAUCUAGCGCAACCGAGCACGCAUUGAUAAACUGGUUAGCUAGUCUGGAUGGUAACGAGAUGGACAGAUCAUACUGUACUCACACAUCCGUGAAAGACUCCUUCUCCACUGUCACUGAAAUCGACCAGCCAACAUGGAUUGACAAACUUA